CCCACUACAGGUGGUAAAAGCCAGUCCACUACAGGUAGUAAAAGCCAGUCCACUACAGGUGGUAAAAGCACAUCUGAAACUUCUGAAACUGAAUCGUCCUAUUCCUUUACUGGCAAAAUGUCGAGCAUCUAUGCAGAGCUUGCUCGCCUCAAGCUCGAUACACAGCAAAAGUCUGCCCUACUCUACUACCUCACUAAAAAUGGCGAAGUUGAAGCUCAGGUGGAGAAAGCCUUCAGUGCCUGCAACAACGAUGAGGAGAAAUAUGCCUAUCUAAGCUUAGUCUUGGGGAUGUCUGAAAAGUCUCGCUCAACUGAAAUUGAAUCGGUCAACCUUGUUACUGAUGAUAAAAUAUCUGGGCCUCAUCUUGAAACAGAAUUUGUUGAAAAACUAAAGCUCGAUACAUCUAAAGAGCCUGUUUUUGGAAAUUUCGAACUUAAAGGCGCAGAUCUCGAACAGUUUGCUCAAAAACUGCACCUCGACCAAAUGGACUACGAUGAAUUAACGGAGAAAGAUGUAGAGAAAUUUUACGAAUUCGUUGGUCCUGAUUUUGCUUGGCCUCCUACAAUGGAUAACUCCGAGCGCUGUCUCAUCUUUGAUUGUGUUGCCCAUCCUGAGGAAAGACAAGGAGAAGAAUAUGCAAAAAAUCUUAUUGCAUAUCGGCGCUUCACCGAGGCUGGACAAUUUGAUCCGUCUAAAGGUACUCAUGUCUUGAUCAUCGACGGAAAGAUAGUCCGUUAUGGACCAAAAUUAUGGGGGAAGGAAUACGAAGAAAUCGUGUCGAAGAAUCCAGAAGCGUUGUACGCGCCUAUUAUAGAAGAGGUGGUCGGCGCGAGAUUCUCUUCUAUUGAAGAUGUCGAAAAAAAGGAGUGGCAGGUGCACAUGCGGAUUAGGCGCAAAGCCGACUCCAAUAUUACAGCAACAAUGGCCAAUAUUGAACAAGACGCCAAUAAGCGCAACUAUCGGCUAUUACUCGAUACUGGUUCCACUUACACAGUUAUACCGCAAUUGGUACAGAAAAGGAUGGGGCACCGUGUUGGCUGGAGUUCAACGCCUACACUUGCUACUGGCUACGCUUCCAACACCAGAAUGUUUAGGAUUUCUGAGCCCUGGGAAGUCUCCUUGGGGGAUGGUGUGAAUUGGACGGAUUGGAUGGAGAUUGACGAAUUAUAUGUUUGGCAAAAGGGUAUUUCCAGCAGUGUGGAUUGUGGUCUGGUUGGUUUUGAUGUUUUAAAUAACGCUUACCAGAUCAAAGUCCCCGGCAAGCCGUAUGCUUUUGUGACAGAUAACAACAUUGCUAAUCAAUUACAACAAAUUUACAACAGCAUCAAUGAAUCUGACGGAUCCGACUAG